GAGAUUUUUGAAAUUAUUAUGAUAGUUUUAUUAUUUUUUCUCUGCAUUGUGUAGGAGCUCUGCUAUCGUGCCACCAGGAGUGGACUCCUUUUCUCGUCCUCGGCACAAAUAGUUUUCUUCUAUUGUGUUCCCAUCGUCCCUCCCCGUACAAGUCGAGUUGCAUACAAGGCUAGUGACCGAGGACUGCCCGAUGGAUAGGCCUCAUCACUUGCACUUUGACGGACAAUCGUUUCAACGUGGCAACCGAGAGCGAGGUGGGGUAGGGGAGGAAAGAAGCAAGAGUAGCCACAAGAGCAUGUUUUGUUUUUUUGUUUUUUUCUCGCUGGUGUAAUUGUCUCUUCUUCCAGGGAAUGAUGUCCUUAAGAAAAGCCUAGCUGUUAGUUGAUGCCAUUAAAUUUUACGCAUGCCUAACAGCCUUCACAUCUGUUACAGAUUUUUUUCCCUGCUAAGCUUGGUACCAUCCCAUCGCGUUGAACUUUUUUUUUUUUUGUAUAGUUCAGUCCUCUUUCCUUCCUUCAGCGGUUGCGCUGUGUUCACGUUUGGCCCGACCUUGCCCUCUGAGGUCGUGGCAAAGGUCAGCGUGAGGUCAGUAAGACGCGUACAGUAAAGACUAGUAUGGCAAGCGGUUUUUGUGAUGAAGUGGGGUGCGGAGAAAGGAGGGGGGUGACUCACCUGCUGUUUAGGUUCGUCUGACUUUUCGGAUAAAACCACAGCGCUGACCGCCGAGAAACCCUCCCGUCUCCAUUCCGACUAACCCACUCAGCCAAGUUGCCCCCCACCCAUUUCUUCCCUUUCUCUAUUAAAAGCCCAUGUGUAAGAGCUGGUCGCAGCCGCGAGAGGUCGCAUCCAAUAUUCCGUCUGCAGUGUGUCGACUGCACAGCGAGCCAAAGACUAAACGACCUUGACACUGUUGUCUCGAAGAGGACACGGAUUCAGAGAAGAAGAAAAACUAGCAGAUCAGGAAGACGGGCCUGUCGGUGCUUUAUUUUCUUAUUAUUGUUUGCGGCAAAAACGUGGCUCUCGUUUUUCCUUCCGUCGACUACUGGCCUCGAUCCAUCGCAACAUUACGAACCCUGACAACAAGCGGAGGGGAAAACAAAUCAUAUGGUGGCGGGGGUGAAGCAGGAGGAAGAAGAAGGGACGUUGUGCCAAAAAUAGAGGGGGGUUGAUGGGCGAGAUGAGAGGGAGGCUGCGUCCUGGCAAGAGGAAUGUUUCAUGGCGGUCUUUGUGCGGUGUGGAGAUGGGGCAGUUCUGAGAGUACGCCCCUGUUGUACGCCAGCCUGCCCCCCCGCCCGAGCAGCACCGGAAGCUCUGCUGCUCGUCAGCUGCUGAUGCGUUACCGGGGGAUCGGGGACGGCAGUAGAUGUUAAAACAGCUUCUGCCACCCGUGUUUGAGUGAUCAUGUGUCUUAGCACAGCUGCUAACGGACAUUUUGUCGCCGAGACUUUGCUGUUCGUGUGUGGUGGUUCAAGGCGUGGUCUUUGCUUUCGUCCACUCGACUGAGAGGAAGAGAGCGCGUGGCGACGACAGUGUAAGGUCGGCCGGCUUGCAGAGUUCCGUCAGGCUACCUAAGGUCUAGGAGCCUUCAGAGUCUGGAAAGAAAACAAGAGAUAACCUUUCACCUUCACCUUCGUUAGACGUGCUAAUGUCUGGAGGUGGAGCAUGGUCGGUGGAGACAGUCCAUGCUGUGUUUGUGGCUUGGCUCGUGAAUGUAUGUGUGGGAAUCGUCAGGAUGUAGAGCUCAUCCAUGUCUUCCCUGACUUUGGAUAUGUCGCUGACCACGUCCUUCCGAGUGUGAGCGAAGUGAGUAGCAAAUAGCUUUUAUGUUUUUAUCCGAUAGUGACAUGCCCCCAUAUCCAGAUGCCCCGUAUCACCCGCAGACGUCACAAGCAGAGCGAAUGAGCCUGUCGAACCCUAUCGGUCCUUACCACUUGGACUUACACGGCGGAAGUGGGAGCGGGGACGACUCUGGCACCGAGACUUCCACAGAGGGCAAGCGCAAGAAGGGGGCAGGGGUCGCGGGCAAAAGUAUCGAAGAGGAGCUGUGCCGGAUCUGCGGCGAUCGUGCUUCUGGGUAUCAUUACAACGCUCUCAGCUGCGAGGGCUGCAAAGGCUUUUUUCGCCGUAGCAUCACAAAGACAGCGGCCUACGCGUGCAAGUAUGGCGGCAACUGCGAGAUGGACAUGUGGAUGCGGCGCAAGUGUCAGGCGUGUCGGCUGCGGAGAUGCCGGGAAGUGGGCAUGAAGGAGGAAUGUCUCCUGUCUGAGGACCAGUGCAAAGCGCGCGACGCUCGUCGCAAGUCCAAGCAGAAGCCCGUUAUUAAGAAGGAGGCGCCGAGUCCGGACAGCCACGAACAUGGUGUGGAGGCCAUCGACUUACGACCGGAGCCAGUUGCCCUCCGCCGCAGCAGCAGCAUUAGCUUUAGUCAAGGCGACAGCAGCAGCGACACCAACCCCCUGAUGAAGAUGCCGCUACACCACCAGGAGACUGUCAAGAACCUGCUUCUGCUGCAGGAGAAGUAUGAGUUUCCUGAAGAAGACGCCGUCAAGAGAGCAACGGAGAACUUUGAUGCCGACAAAAACAAGGAGAUGAUGGCGGACACUUUUCUAGAUACCAUGGCACAGAUGACUGUGCUAAUCACACACCUAAUUGUGGAAUUUGCCAAAUGUCUACCGAACUUCACAAGUCUCGAUAAGGAGGACCAGAUAAUUUUGCUUAAGGCUGCUUCGAGCGAGGUGAUGGCGAUCCGGGCAGCCAGGUGUUAUGACGCGGCAAGCCGGUCGAUCGUGUUCGCCAAUGGGCAGCCAUGCACGCUGGAGAACAUGCUGGCCACGGGGUUGGGCAAAUACGCCGAGCUGAUCUACGAGUUCUGCCACAACAUGGCCGUCAUGCAAACGGACAACACCGAGUACGUUCUGCUCACCGUCAUCUCCAUCUUCUCAGAGCGGCCCGGUCUGAAGGACAAGAUGCGUGUGGAGCAAAUCCAGGCUCACUACGUUGAGGCUCUACAGUACUACGAGGCAGCUAAGCGGCCGCGUGGCUGCAACGCUCUGGCCAAGUUCCUGACACGCCUGUCGGACCUGCGUAGCAUCUCGGUUGAGCAUUCCUCCCUGCUGCUGGACAUCGAGUCCACCGACGCGGGCCUGCUGCCCAGCCUCAUGAAAGAAGUGUACAUCCUCCCUCCCGAAGGCAGCUAAGAAUGCCCUGUGCUGAACCAGAACGAAACGAGACAAAUGAAAAAGUACCCUGCCUUCCCGCCUUGUGUGGUCACUGCUGUUUUCUGCUACCCUUCACCUCCCCUCUUCCACGUGGCUGAAGCAGGGGACGGGAGAUGGUAGGGGAUAUAUAGCUGCCUUUGUUGAGUGUCGAUCGUUCCCCUGCUGCGGAGAAACUGAAAAACCAUGUGUCCGCUGAUUUGCUCAGAGAUGAUUGAUAGACUUCUUGCAACCAGCUUACAUCAUUUAAAGGCUAGUUUUAUUUUCGUUGCUGUCUUCUGGGGCGGGGAAGGGGGCGAUCCAUAAUUCGGGUAAGCAGGAAUGGCAGCUCAGCGUCUUCAAGGGAUGACAGAAUGCUGCGUUUGCUGCUGCUUGUGACAAAAAUGGCAAUGGAAAUUUAUACUGAUCUGUGUUAAAACGUCUACUCUUUAACACUUUUUUUAUCCUUGCAUCUCGCUCAUUUUACAAAACGUCUGACGUUUUUUCCUGGAACUGCAAAGAGUGAAUAUUUCGUUGCAUUGGCAAGCAGGCCAGGGCUUGGCAGCUAUUAACGCGAAUCUUCGGCCUGUCCGUCAGUUGUGCGCAAUUGGGUCCUAGCUGCCUAUUGGACUCCGGACAAGAGAAUGCCUUCUGUGAUGGAACACUUGUCGGGUUGGGCUUCGGUACAUGUGUCUUUUCUUGGUGUGUUUUAUUCUCUUAUAAGUAAUAAAUUGCUACUAGUGUCCAGCACAUUGUUGGAGAUUCUUGAAGUGAUCACGUCAUUCGUUGGGAAGGCCCUCACGCUUGCCUGAAGCCUCAAGAGCAGCUGGCUUACGGUCUGGCUUUCAUAUGAGCGGUCUUCGGCAAGAGACGCGAUUUCAGCCACGAAAGAACUUCCUUGUGGACAAAAAAAUAAAAGGUGGAAGAGGGGGAUGUUCUCAAGAUUUUCCAAAAGGCUUACGGUUUGUGUACCUGGGUGCCCUUCCCCGCUGUACCUGCUUGCCUUUCUCUCCUCCUUCCCACCUUCUUUCUUUGCCUCCUGCGCCCUUCUUGUUCCGCCAUUUAACGGCCACGUACUCUGGUGUCGAUGGGAGAAGGGGGGUUAGAGUGAGCUCGGACUGACAGGCCGAUUUCGCGGUCAUUCUGACAUGCAACAGAACCAGAAUGAGAGACGGAAGUAGAGGAAAGCUAUACCUGCUGUCAACUGUCGUCAUGAAGGAUCGCUCUAAGCAUGUGUUUAAUCCCUGCGCACGCGGCCCAUCACACCUCUGACCUUUGAGCUGUGCCAAAAGGGCUUGCACGCCCCACACCUUUGUGCCAGUGUAUGAAGUGUCCCAUGAAUUCUGGCUUUGUGCCAGCUGUAGCCAGUACUAGAUUAUCGGUGUGUGUGUGUGUGAGAUCAGCUCGCUCGUCGCGCAUCAGUUAUGAAAGAUCAUGUCAGCAGAGCGCCAGCUGUAGCCAGUUCUAAAUUAUCUUCAUGAGUGCUUGUGAUCAGCUCGCUCGUCACGUGUCAGUUAUGGACCAUCACGUCAGAAGGGCAGGACGUUUCAUUCGCUCGAGUCGCCUCCCUCAUUGUUUGUCUCCAGGCGACCGUACAUUCCUGGGCGCGGUGACGUGGACUGUAAAUUUGGAGUGGUGGGGCAUGUUGACGCCAUUCUACCCCCUAUUUGCUAUCACCCCUCAUUUUGAGUUUUAUGUUCCCAUUUUUGUUUUUUAAUUUGAGAGAGAGAAUUGGAUCCGGAGAUCUAUUUCUGACGGAGAAAGGCCUUGUUAUCAGCAGCUCUACUUGCAGUGGUGUGAAUAACUGUGAAGAGGACAAGAGAGAACGACGGGGAUUUUAUGUAUCGGGGGCGAAGGGGUAGGGAGCCAGGCGAGAGCACCGCGGGGAUUCCGGGUGGGGGGAAGAGUUGCGAAAUAAUGCAACGUUUUAUGCAAGGGCAAGGUUCUUGUGGUGGAGGCGAAUGUGGGGGUAGCGAGGAAGGAGGAGGGCGUAGGACAUGUCUCCCAACUGAGCAAGGAGCCACGCGCCUCCCUUGCGUGCCUGGACUGGUUUCGUUUUGUGCUUUAUGUACAGAUUGUACAGAUUCACCAGCGGCUAACCGUGAUGCGUAUGCAGUGACACGUGUUUCUUGCAUCAGCGCGAGUUGUUAGGUGAGUGGCAUCCAUCUUCUGGUUGGCUGGCCUUUGAAAACUUGUAUUCGUUUGCUAUUAAAGCAAACACAACAAAAAAUAAUGAAAACCUGUUACGCCUCAGGUCUUGAUCGUCCUUUGAACUGCUUGAAGCUCAACGUCGCUACAUAUUUUCUCCCUAUAACAGCGUCAUCGUACUGUAUUAUAUGUGAAUGCUUGUAGCCGUUAACUGUACAUAACGGCUGAUGGCAAAAAGCAGAAAUGCGCAAGGCCAUAGUCCUUGUGAAAUCUGCUUUUGUUCUUUCUAGCUCACGCCACAGCUGGCUUCCUCAAGCCAAAUAAAGAUGUUUAUGUCAUGCAGGCAUGUGUGUGUGUGAAAGUCAUGGCCAUUCAGCAUAAUAAGAUUUUAAAGGUUUUAGCUUGUUACUUCUGCAGGCAGGACAGAUUGGAGUACAGCGCUCGUAGUGCAUUACCAGACUAUUCUCACAGGAUCUGUCCAGGAAGAGUAGGCUUAGGGUGUAAAUAUGAAUCGUAUGUCACAUAAAGUCUGUAGCACGCUUUUGUGUCGUUCUACUUACCUCUCAUCCCACCCCAAUAUUUGUUUCGUAAAUAAAAAGAAAUGUUAGUUUUUCUGCUAAAUGAAUAGUGUGGGUAGUAAUAGGGAAUGUUGUCCACAAAACCUUAUCUUCUCAGACGACUUGAUUGCUGAUGCGUAGUUUGAUGUCAGUUUUUGCAACAGUACUUUAAGCCAUUAGGUUCAUGGGUGGGUGAAUAUUUAGUGGGGAUGUGCUGGGGUUCUGUGUCGUUUUAGCUGUACUUAAACAGAUUUUGCCAUAAUAACGAGGGGCUUUGGAAAUAUUUGGAUGUUUAACAGGUAGAAGUUGAAUAAAGCAUUCGUAAAAACAUAAGUAGUUUUAGCUUACUUCUAUGCCUGAGUCAUACAGCCAGCGCCUAGCAACAUGCCAUGCGGCUAACCCCUCUGUUUCGCGAAAUGCAGAGGGGGAACAGAUUCGCUUUAUUAGUGUUUCGCAGCCCAGACGAAACCCCAUCAUCACGGAACGAUGUCAACAUGCAUAAUUGUUUCAGACUGAGAGAUAGGUCGAAUGUUGCUAAUUGUCUCAUGUCCCACCAGACCUGAUCUAUUUAUUUAACCUCAUCAGAUUACCGACAAACUCUCUCCUGCUCCAGUUAGCUAGCAGUUACUGAUGUCCAAGUAAAUGACAAUGCCACGCCGGGUGGCAGGUGUAGUGGGGGGGGGGAGGAAUAUACGAGAUGUUGAUGUUCGUGGUAAACGUGUACAACAAAGUAUAUCUCAGGAUUCUGAUUGUUAAUUCUUUUGGAUAACCGUCUCUGCCAUUUUUUCUAGCUGGUUAAAAGACUCGUUGCCUUUGUCGCGGAUCUUCCUGAAGUUUCCGGAGGCGAGUCUGCCUGGUGUCACGAGGCUCUUGCACGCCAUUGGUCCCGAAUCGUCUGCUCGUCGUUAAUGAUUUUGUUUUUUAAUUUUCUGGCAACAUGAGGCUGUCGUCCGGUGACGUCACAUUAUUAAAGUCUCAGGAGAACGCUUGCGAACAUUUAUAUAUAUCAUAUAUACGUGUUAAGAGCUAACAUUUGCUUUGCAAAGACUUAGCACAAGCCUUGUUCUGUGAAUGAGUUUUGCGGGCAAAAAUUUGAGGAAGCUUGGUCUUUAGGCGUUUAAAUGCAAUGAAUAUACAUAUACAUGGGUAUGUAAAUAUAUCAUGUGUAGUUCUUGAGUGAAAUUCUUGGCGAGGUUGUAAUAAUGGCAAAUUAACCGGAGGCCUUAAGCAAGGUGUGUGCCCAUGGCUGGCACAAUAGACCCUGAGGCUGCUGUUACGUAAGGGGCGUCGAAAGAGGAAUUCAUCCCAUACAGGGUCCAACAACUUUAGACCAGUCUGUGUUAGUAAUCACUUCUUUAGACGCUUUAUUUCCCAAGACAACGCUACUUCACUGGUUGUACAUUAUAUGCUUGAUUUAGCGGCUUAGAACUUCUGAAAAAAAAUUAUUUACAAAGAACUUUUUUUCUGUUUUAUUCGUUAUUUAAUAUUUAGCUUUUACUGCAUUUUUUAUUUGCCAUUUAUAUUUUUGUCCAUUUGAUUUAUUUUUACACUGGGUUUCUGUAUGGGGUGAGUUUCGUGUUAGCGUCCCAUCGUUAACCUACCUCCAAGUUGUCGGGUGGCGGCCUAUAGUCAAAAGUGCCCUUACCCUACAGACUUAGAGCAUGCCAAAUGUGGGACCAGGUCCCUGCCGUUCAGAUUCCGUAGAAUGCAAACUGAGAAAACACAGGCAGAAUCCAAGUGUAAGUUAGCUUGCCGUGCAACUGUACUCUUGUAUAGUAAUGUUUUAAAGUAGUAGAGAAGUCGGUAUGGAACAGGUGUGAAACUUCUGAGCGUUGUUGCUUUCCCUGUCUUCAGUUCUGUGUAAAUCUUUAUUGUAUCUAUCUUUUACCGUUUUUAUUUAUAAAUAUGAACAAAGGGUUAGCGUUGAUCAUUCCAUGUUAUAUGUGUGUGUGGGAAGUUGGAGUGCUGUGGCAUCUUCAUCUUUCGUAUUACCUCAGAAUGUGCGUUGAAACUAGAAGAUGGUAUCAGAUCACGGAAGCAGUGCUAAUAUUCUGGCGACAUCUUUCUGUAUGACAUGGACAUUUAACAUUUAUUUGGACUUCCUUCAUGCAGCCAGCUUUCCAAUUUAUUAGGAUUGUGACGAAGUUUUUGGGAAGAAAGUUUCUUAAUGUAUUAAGCCCCCCACACCUCUCUCUCUCUCUUUGUUACUUAGGAAGUUAGGACAGGGGUUUGUGUCGAAAAAAUAGCUAUGAGAAGUAUCAUUUCCCUUUAGUGUAGGAAAAAUAAAGACACCGACAUGCUUUUUAGAAAACCAGACAGUUCAAAUACAAAUUUCAACUUGUUUGUUUCGAUUUACACCAUCCCUAGUCGCUUCUUUGGAUAGUCUUGUGUAAAUUUGUCCGUUGUUCCCGUCGUUUUAUUAUUGCUAUAAAUUGCUAUUGAAAAAAUAGAAAAUUACAGAAAUUUAACCGGACUGGACUCCACAAUAGCUGUUGUUCAGUUCUUACUCCCCUCCGGGGUAAAGAAAAAAAUAGAGGAGCACAUGCAUGCAUACAUGUAUAUAUCACAAUAAUAUCCGUUGACAAUAAUAAUGGUGGUGGGCGUGAAUAGAAACAACCUGUGUGAGAGCUGUCUGCGGUAAACGGAAUAUUUCAGCCUGUAAGAGAUGAAGAGCGUUGCAGGAGAUCUUCAGUAACAUCAGUGAGAAAACAAAUUCAUUUUGAACAAACGCGGGACGUAAAUAUGCAUUUGUUGCUCACCAGAAAAUUGGUUUUUCCAUUGACUGUCGUCUUGCAGCAACAUUUCUAUUCUUGUUUUUCUGCUGUAGCUGAUGCAGCACUUUUAGGUCCUGGCUUGUUUUUUUUUUUUUCGGGCGGGGACUGUAGACCGCGGGCUCGUGGUCAUUAAUUACAUGGUUAUGAAGCUUGACGCAUGCGAGUCCCUCCCGCUCCCUCCCAUCGUUGUGUUCAGACAGCCUCACGAGGUGGAGGUGUGCCGAAACGAGCCUCUCCCUCACGCGUGAUUAACUUAAAUAAAUUGAUAAAAGUUUAGAUAGACAAGUAAUUAGAAAAGUUUAAUUGCAGAAAAGCCAAUGUUAAACCUCAUCUUCCAGUGUUACCAAUUCUUUCUAAUGGUUAGCGGACCCGAUAACGUUACUCAGCUCGCGGUUCGGUUCACUCAAGCGAUUCGGCUGAUCAGACCACGCUGAUCGAAUUUUAGGAUCAAUACUCGCAAGGUUUUGACAAGAUGUCGAUCUGUGUCUAUUAGGCGAGAGUUUUUUGUUUGUACAGGGUCAUGACCACACCACAAACGGACGUGCAGUUGCCCAGUUAGUUCUUGCGAACUUCUUCCUAGAAAGCUGUCGCCCCUAGUUCAAUCACUCUCCUUGCUGUUAGCUGCUGAACAGUGACAUGUGACGGUCCACUGUCGCCUCUUGUUAUUGUCGUCGUCCAUUUUCUCGCCAAAGCUUGCCCCAAGACCUGCGAACGUUGCGAACAAGUGAAACCGCGAAUUCUGCUUACAGCAAAGCUUUGAUGCAAGCUAGGAGAUUUUUGUUUAACAGACCUCCAGUGUGUUCGCAAACAACAAAGUCACAACAGUUUGGGUGACUGUUUGCAUGAGGUCAGGGUUCACGGAUUUAUUUUGCUCGCAUGCGUGUCGCCGUUGUUAUAUUGACGAAACUACCUCUAACGAGAAAGAUAUAAAAAAAAACAUCAAAGCAAGGAACCUAUUUUGUCGGGAAGGAUUUGAAAUAAUUUGCCGUUAAACAGCUUGCAGACAAAACGUUGCUUGCCAGCUGAACGAUCGGGUAUUUGUUACCUCCCUUUUGCUUGGCUUCCUAGCGAGCAACUGGCUGUAGCUGCUUGUAGUUAUCGACCCCUUGCAGUAGUUGUCAUACUUUCUUCAUGCACUCUUUCCAGUUCAACUUAAUCUGCACCGUACUCUCGAAACGUUCUUUUGUUUAGCUCUUAGUUGCUCUUGCUUGAGUGAGGCUUUGACUUGACAGAAAAGUUGGAGAUGGUUUAAAAUAGUUCACGAGCAUCGUGUCCUUGUGUCUGUAAGUCUUUCACCUUCAAGUGUUUGUUUUACAGGUGGAUUUUCUUUUCGAUGCGUUAUUUGCGAUGGCCAGACGAUUUUUUUCCUGUGGUAAUGAUGAUGACAAAGAAAAAGGAUGAUACGAUAAGCGUGGUGGUAACGUUGGCAAGAGUUGCUACCCCUUAUAUUCCUGUGGCCUUAAUAGAUUGUGUGUAUGUUUUCUUUUUCACGAGGGGGAAGAGCUUGGUGAGAUAAGGCUGAAGCGGUCAGCGCAUAGUUAUUUUUAUAAAAAGCAAAAUAGGUAAAAAAAAUCUUUCUUCUUAAAAAAAAAAAUGAUUAACCGAAUGAAUAACAUGGAUUUUUCCCGAUUAUCUUGACCUUAUUUCUGGUUGGUUGGUUUUUUUUUCUCCCCUGAAAUAACUUUAUGUCUGUUUCUUUUUCCGACAAUCGUUUAGCAGUCAGUGGACUUUUCAAAAAAUCUUGUCAGAAAAAAUUAAUUUCUUUUACCAUUUACUCAAGCUGAAAAGCUUUCUGAUUGGGGAGAUUGUGGCAGUAACAAUGUUUGUGGCCUCCCGAUUACUGACUAGUAACAGUUUAUUUUUCAUUUCGCUUCAGACUGUUCUAAAUUUCUUAGAGACUUUAUUUUUUAGCUCUUAUUAUAGGGGUUGGGGGGCUUGAGGUGGUUGUGAGCUACUUAUAAAGACAUUGAGUAUUUUUCUGAUGGACCUGCAGUGCCUGAACACGUUAAACAUGAAUAGUUCGUAUGAGAGUUGUGUUUUAUUUCCAAAAUUUUGUAAAUGCGCGAGUGCGUGUGUGUAGGAGAUCUUUCGCCUCAUCAUUUCCAGCUCUUUUCCUUUCCACUUGCCUCGAGAUACCAAGAAGGAUUUUGUUUGUUUUAAAGUUGGAGCAUGUUCGUAUGUCGUCGAAAUUUUCAUUCAUUUUGCGAGAUACAUGAUUUUGUCUUUUUUCACUAUAGCACGCCAUGACAUUUUAUACUUCUACCCGUGUUGUCAGAGUUCUGUGUGACUGAGAAGUCACAGGAAGAAAUUCUCUAAGAAGUGUUUGAGGGAGGGCAUGGGCAUGGUUGACGCCUACAAAAUGUAAUAGUUGUUAACAACAGAAUGGAAUAUUGUUCUUCCACAAACCGCUAAUGAAUGUGGUAAUCACAUUUCACUUUCUAAGCAGCUUUCUCUUAAUGCAAAAUUCCUGACAAAUGUUAGAUUAGGGACUGGGGCUAUACUAAAGGCUUUUACAUAAGGGAUGUGUACCAAUCGUGCCUAAUUCAGAGAGUAUUGCAGUCAGUUGCCUUCUUUAAUUUAUUUCAGUUAUUCCUGCAUAGUGUUUUCAUUUGUUAUCACCGGUUGUUAUCUUUUUAUUUGACGACUUGUUAUUGAUUGCGUUUUCGCAGUUUCAAAAUUUCAUUUAUAUUCUUUGCGUUUAGAUUGGUUGCUGUUGGUUUUGUUUUAGGGGGUGGUUGUUUUUUAAAGUUUGCAUGGCCAUAGUACACCAUUUUAAUUUUAAACUUUCAGCUAUGUCUCUUCUCAUGUGACCUUGUGAUCUGAAGUUAUCUAAUUAGUUCUCGGCUCUCUCUUGUGUCUUGUUUUUUCCCAUUCUUCUUUCUUAUGUGUUGGUAUAAAUAACAUUGCUUACCAUGGACAUUGUAGGUGAAAUUCUUCGCAUCCUGAUCUUAUGCUUAUACUUAUGUCUUUAAACAUGUCACAGUGGGCAUUUUCAUGGUAGGCUUUGCCAAUAAAUUUAUUUAAGCAUGUUCUAUUUCAAUUGUUUGUAACCACUUCUCGAAGAUUCAAUGUUUUAAUUAUUCAAGUGAAACCUUAGAGCUACACGUAAUUAUUUCACAAUCUGUCGACACUUUUUCUUCUUUAGCUACCAAAAGGUCCAUUAACUGUAUCCGAUAUCCUUUUACACAACCAAACAAAUUCAAAGCCACUUCUCGUAUUCACUGUAGUAUGGGAUUUUUUUAAAGCAGAUGUGCAUUUACUGUCCUUCGUGCAACGUUCACAAUCGGUCUUCUAUUCCAGACGCGCUCAUUGUAUUUAAUUUGUCUGAGUGUUCCUAUUUUUUAGAGAAAUGUUUCUUAUGAGCUUCCUUGUAAUUGUAUGCAGAGUAAAGCUUUUUUGUAAAUUAAUUUAUAACAGUAUAGCAGGUUUCAGAAGGAUGAACUAAUAUCCGGUGCAAGUAACUGCAUUAACGACGCUUUAGUUAUUAAUUUAUGAUUUGAGUUUGGACAGAUUUUAUUUUUAGCUUUAUUACUCUGUUAUAUAAUUUUGUUCAAUAAACAAAAUCGUGGUACAGGGAAGAGCGUAGGAGUUAAUCUGGCUCACGUUGUCGUUGAAGAAGAUUAAGAAAAGGAGAAAACGACGAGAGGAGAUAACUUGUAAAUGAGGAAAAGGCAUUUCUGACAACGCUCAUUCCUUUGCAUUUCUUUCAGUCCUUUCUAGCGAUUGUUCUAUAACAUGUCUUUACAUAAACAAAUCUACUGAAGGGAGGCUGGUGGGUCCACAGUUUUUUUUUUUAACAUAGCACACUUACUCUCGCUCUCCCUCGAAGGUCGGUUUGUAAAGUCCAGAUGGUCUUCACGCUCGGCGAAGCCCAAAAGAUAACAGCGCAUGCGCAAACGGACCUUUCUGUUACCUCUCGCCAACGUUGGGUCGUCCUGUCCGUAUGUAGAUCCGUGACCUGGGCGAAUUUUGUGGCGCCACUGGGCAAAAGAUGAAGAGAAGUAACAGUCUGUUUAGCUGUUCCGUGUGUGUGUGUGUGUGAAUUCCACUCAGCCUUAAAUUCUCGUGACAGUCGACCAUUCCGCUUGUUAUGCCGGCUCUAACGUCUGGCUCGUUAAGCGCGUCCUGUACGAGCUUUAAAACCAGCGCCAUCUGAUUACAUCCCGCUGGUUUCUGAUGGCGAAGAUUUAGUUUUAUUGUUAUUUCGUUUUUUACUGCUCGUCGACGCGGUGGUCCUAACAUUUAAAGGAAGGAAACACAAAAUGAUAGAAAGAUAACCUUUGCGUCUAGUGUUGAUUGUUCGAAACGCCUGUAUUGCUCUCUCCUUCCUCUGUGCCGGAAUGAGGCGAUGGAGGUGGGACUAGUGAUAGUGUUGUGAUGUAAAGGUUUCUUUCAGUAGCUGUCACAAAGUGUCAUUAGUGGGAAGACAAGGUAGUUGUCGGUGAAGCUUUUACUUCCUAGUAAACAAGCAGGUGCCACGAAAGAGGAACGAUGUCUUGGCGGCAGGCAGUUAGUUCCUUUCUUUCUUUUGCUAUGCGUUAUCUCGUAACUGCGUUUCAUAUUCAGACAUAAAGAGAACUCUGUACAUGCCUUGUGUGUAAAUGGUGUGUGUAGCAGAAAGGUCGGCCGGGCCUAGACGAUGCGACUCGUAGAGGCAGAUGAGACUAUUAUUUAGUUUUCAUGGAAUUUCCUCCUUUACCAACAUCCUCCCACCUCCAUGUACAGAGCAUGAUGUAGACAGUGGCGUUUGGGGGCAUGUAGUAGACACCGACAUUUUAGGACACGAUAUAGACAUUGGUGUUAUUGUUGCCCGAGGUGGUUUGAAGCAACGGGCAACGAAGUACCCAGGGCACGUGCGGCAUGGCCAUCAGGGUAGCUGUGGAUUUAAGCAAAGUUCUUACUUUUUACACGUUAAACCCUACUUUUAUUUUGCCUUCGCCGGCGACUAGAAGUAUCGAAUUUUUUUUUAAUCAAAUGGUGUUUGAUAUACUAAUGGUAAGGUUCAUUGUAAUGGCUCACAUUAUAGCUAUUUCCCCAAACACAUUUCAUUUGUUUAAGUGGGACGGGACAAGACUGAUGCUCUUACAAGAAAAGAUGUGUGCACCAUAUGGGGUAGGGUUUUGGAGUAGUAGAAACCUUGGUAAACAGAAUGGUUGUGUUGUGUUGGAGUAUGUGCUCUAUGUUUCCCCACGUCGUCGCAGGGACGUUGCUGUAUUUCAUUCUGACGUUGUACUUCUGUUAAUACCAGCUUCAACCUGUGUGUCUCGGCUGCCCGCGGGGACUGAGAGUUGCGUGCUUCAUGUGAACUUGUACAAACAAUAUUAUGGUUUGACUGUUAUCAUGCUGCCUCAUAUCAUUGCCUACGGACUCUGGCUUUGAGUAUGGAAAUAAAGGAAUGAUUUAAAGC